GGAGUCCGCGCCUGUGUUGCCGGUGUCGCCGUCCCCCCGGGCGCCGAGCCCCGGCAGCUCCCGGGCUCGCAGACAUGGGCGGCCGGUCCCGAGCGCGCUGGGCGGCCGCGGCGCUGGGCAUCACCGGGCUGCUGUGCGCGGCGCUGGGCGCCGUGAUGAUCGUCGUGCUGCCCUCUUUCAUCCGGCAGCAGGUCGCCAAGAACGUGCGCAUCAGCCCAAGCAGUCUGUCCUUCAACAUGUGGAAGGAGAUCCCAGUGCCCUUCUACAUGUCCGUCUACUUCUUCGACGUGGUCAACCCUGAUGAGGUCCUGCAGGGCGGGAGGCCGGAGGUGCGCGAGCGCGGGCCCUAUGUGUACAGGCAGUUCAGGCAAAAAAGGAACAUCUCCUUCCACGACAACGACACGGUGUCCUUCCGGGAGCACUGCACCUUCCAGUUCCAGCCUGAGCGGUCCCGCGGCUCAGAGAGCGACUACAUCGUGCUGCCCAACAUCCUGCUCAUGGCCGCCUCGGCCAUGAUGGAGCACCAGCCCGCGAGCCUGAAGCUGAUCAUGACGCUGGCCUUCAGCACCCUGGGCCAGCGUGCCUUCAUGAACCGAACCGUGGGCCAGGUCAUGUGGGGCUAUGAGGACCCGCUGGUGCACCUCAUCAGCAAGUACCUCCCACAGAUGUUCCCCAUCAAGGGCAAGUUCGGGCUGUUCCUGGAGAUGAACAACUCGGACUCCGGGCUCUUCACAGUGUUCACGGGGGUGAAGAACCUCAGCCGGAUCCACCUGGUGGACAAGUGGAACGGGCUCGGCAAGGUCAACUUCUGGCACUCAGACCAGUGCAACAUGAUCAACGGGACCUCCGGGCAGAUGUGGCCGCCGUUCAUGACCCCAGAGUCCUCGCUGCAGUUCUACAGCCCCGAGGCCUGCAGGUCCAUGCGGCUUGUCUACCGGGAGCAGGGCGUGUUCCAGGGCAUUCCCACCUACCGCUUCUCGGCCCCCAGCACCCUGUUCGCCAAUGGCUCCGUCUACCCACCCAACGAGGGCUUCUGCCCGUGCCUGGAGUCGGGCAUCCAGAACAUCAGCAGCUGCAGGUUCGGUGCGCCCCUCUUCCUCUCCCACCCACACUUCUACAACGCUGACCCGGUCCUGGUGGAGAGGGUGCUUGGCCUGCACCCCAACGCAGAGGAGCACGCCCUCUUCCUGGACAUCCACCCGGUCACCGGGAUCCCCAUGAACUGCUCCGUGAAGCUGCAGCUCAGCCUCUACAUCAAAGCCAUCAAGGGCAUCGGGCAAACCGGGAAGAUCGAGCCGGUGGUCCUGCCGCUGCUGUGGUUUGGGCAGAGCGGGACCAUGGAGGGUAAGCCGCUCAGCACGUUCUACACGCAGCUGGUGCUGCUCCCCAACAUCCUCCACUACGUACAGUACGUGCUGCUGGCGCUGGGCAGCGCGCUGCUGCUCAUCCUGGUCGUCUGUCAGGUCCGCAGCCAGGAGAAGUGCUAUUUAUUUUGGAGUGGUAGUAAAAAGGGCUCAGACGCUAAGGAGGCCAUGCAGGCCUACUCUGAAUCCCUGAUGACUUCCGCUCCCAAGGGCGCUGUGCUGCAGGAGGCCCGGCUAUAGGGUCCCGAGGACGCCCUGAGCCAGCCGGGCAGCGCCGCCCGGUCCGAGCGGCCGCCCAGCCCCUGCGCCCCCCUGCUCCCGGAGCCGCCCCUCGCCCCGCCCGCGGGGCCCUCGGCCUGAGCCGCCCGCGCCUGCGCACAGCUGUGCCCGUGGCCGAGAUGCGACGCGCGCUCUUCGGGAACCUUCCGGAACCUUGUGCGGCGGCCCCAGCGUCCGAGUCCGCGCCCUGGGCUCGCGUCGUCCUCCUAGCCCGGGGCCAGGCCCGUCCCGGACCGGCUGCGGCUGCGGCUGCGGCUGCGGCUCUGGCUCAGGCCCACGCCAGCUCUGAGGCCGAGGACCCGGCCUGGCCCAGCCUCCGGCCCUUUGCUACCGCGAGAGGAGCGAGUUGUGUCAUCUUUCGGCGAAUGCACUACGGAAGCAAUAAACCUUUUGCACAACCGA